CUUAUUGUUCAUCCCAAAGUUACUUCUGAGCACGCUCCACUGGAUGCGAUGUGAUUGUCCGGUUGAAACACAAUACCAGGGUCUAGCAAGAGCGACCUUGGCGCCGGAAGCAGUCUAGCGCACGUGGUCGUAGCUCUCUCACUCGAUCCAUCCGUGGAUCCUUGGCGACAACCAAUCCAUUGUUUCGACCACAGUCAGCGCCUUUUAUCAAACACUGUGCUUCUUCUUUCUCCUUCUCCUUCCCCCAUUAUCGAACAGCACGGGAAACCACAUUGAUUCACUUCGCCACUCUCGUUGCGCAUCUGAAAACGUCCGCAGCUUCCCAGAUUACGCGCCCCUGUCCGUGUCGCGUCACGCUCACCAACGUCGCUCACCUUCCUCAUCACAACCACACGCGCAGCCAUGUCGGACUAUUCUAAGAUGAAGAAUGACGAGUUGUCGGCGCUUCUCAAGGAGCGCAAGCUACCUCACACCGGCAAGAAGGCAGAGAUGGUCGAGCGCCUGCAAAAAGACGACGAGAAGUCUGGCGAGAAGCCUGCCGCUGGCGCUGAAGACGAGAUUGACUGGGAUGACGAAGCUGAUGAUGCCGCUGCUGUACCGGCUGCUGCCACUUCAGCGACAGAAGAGACUGUCAUUCCUAACGCAGAGAUUGUCGCAAACGCUGGAGGCGAAGGCCAGCCACCGAACCCGCAAGCCGUACCUAACCAAGUCGCCGAUAUCGACCCUGCGCAAACCGACGACCUUACCAUCGACCCGCCCGCGGAAGGCGCCACUGAAGCCAGCACAGAGCCCAAGCCAGAAGAGAAGAAGGAGCCCACUCCUGAUUACACACAGGGUCUUGCUGCCACCAACCUCGACGAAGAGAUCGAGAAGCGCAAGAAGCGCGCGCUGAAGUUUGGUACCAAGUUCGAGGACGACGAAGGUCUCAAGAAGCUGGAGCGCGCCAAGAAGUUCGGAGAGGUCGGUCCCCCGAAGGGUCUCGAUGAAGCUCUCCCAGAGCGCCGCGAGAAGCGCCAACGAGAGGCCGGUGGUGACGAAGCUGGUAGCAACAAGCGUCGUGAGGGGCGCCGUGACGGAGGACGCGAGGGAGGUCGUACUGGAGGUCGUGGAGGACGCAGAGAUAACCGCCCUCGUAGCAGGGACAACCGCCCACGCGAGAACAGGACUGGUGGUGGUCCCGGCGGCUCUUGGAUGAGCGAGAAGGACAGGGCCGCCGCCGAGGCCAGGAAAGCCAAGUUCGCAAAGCCAACGGCUUGAGCUUAAAGACAUUUUUUCGAUUGUUUUCUGGAUUUGACUCACGAGCGGCCGACGAGCGAUUCGAAGACGGAGCUUCGAUACGGCGCCUAGACUCGGACUCGGUGGAAGAGCUUGGACAGCACCGGCGCACUCCUUGUAUAACAUAUUUUGCGGGCUACAUUCUACCAAAUUGCCGGACCAUCUGCGAUUGUCGCUUCUUCAGACACAUUGCGGAUACAUCAAUUCAAAGCUCAUUAAUCUUCACCGACGCCUC